AUUUUUUUGGGUGGGGUUGACUUCAAUAAAUGUUUGCACCACUUAUGUUGAUAUCAAAGCAUAAAGGAGCCUCCACUGAGGUUAUGCAGACUUAUACUGUGCACAGAACCAGGACUGUGGUCGUGUCCGGAGUCCCCGACGUGCUACCCCUCAGCAGGAUGAUAGACAAGCUGACAAUCCACUUCCAGAGGCACAGGAGGAGUCACGGGGGAGACGUGGACGCGGUUCGGUACCCCACCAACAUAAACGGGGUCGCUUUUGUCACUUUUGACAGACGUGAAGAUGCAGAGAGGGUGCUGCAGAAGGAGGAGCAGAUCAUGAGCGACAGCGAGUUUCCUGUGAACUUCAGUCUCACUGUGUUUCCCUUCAGUGAGGACGUGUUCCUGUACGUCCCCAGGGCUUUGGUUGAUCUCUCCGUAUUUGGCAGCAAUCAAGCAUCUCUAAUUCAGAGCCUGCAAUCAGCUCACAGAUCGUUACGUUUCCGGCCUUCCCUCAAGAAGAGAAAAGCCACAAUUGAGGGUCCUUUCGCCGCCAUCCAAGCCCUGAGAAAUGACCUCAUCCACAGGGCCAGCCGGCUUAAAUCCAACGACUCAGCCCAAACUGCUCCCGACAAAAUAAGAGAAACUCCUCUUAAUCCAAGGGUAAUAUCUCAUCCAGAGCUUGUCCACACUGUAAGCCGCAGCCGUUCUAAAGCUAAGCCGAAGCCAGUGAACAGCUUAUCAACAGGGCUGCAGACCACAGGUGAGGCAACUGGAGUCCAAAGCCCGCUCUUAGAUGCUGAAACUCAGAAUGCUUCCCGGAGGCUGAAAGUUCAGGAGAGGGGUUGCGCAGAAGGUUGCUUUGGCGAUACAGAUGAAGAGGAAGUAGAAGAAGAGAGUUCUCAAACCAGGGUGGAAAUGCCCACAGAAUUCAGAAAUGAGCAAGUGUUAAAGGAAGGGAUGAAUGCAAGGAUAAGACGGUCUUCAUCAGGCGUGUACCUGCCCCUUGCAGCGGAAAUGUCAGCAAAUGGAAAGCGACGGAAAGACGACACGACACGAAAGCACACCACACCAGACGGGACUUUUGGGAAGGCCAAAACAAAGAGUCACACCGGCUCUCAGAAGGAAUCAGAUCAGAAUAGCUCAUCCAUUACUUCUGUUUCAAACUCAUCAAGACGGAAAAAUGAGGAUCCCAAAGAAACCUGCAUCUUGGUCGACUCUAACAUAUUUCAAUACAUCAAAAAAUUUGCCAGGAAAGACUUGGACAAAUGCCUAAGAGGUCUUGGUGCAUCCAUUGAGAGUAAUGAAGGAUCUGACCUUGUGAGGGUUAUCUGGACUGAGACCCAAACCUCUGGGGCGACCUCGGGGAUUCAACAGGCCCUGGAUGACCUUCAGUUUUUGGUGGAAUCUUGGGUCACAACUUUAAGAGUCCAUGAGAUUGACUUUGGCAAGGAGGAAGGACUUGAUAAACAGGAGUUGAUUAAGGUCUGUGAUGAACUGAGUGACACGUUUGAUGACAGUCUAUACAUGUUCCAGGGUUCUCGUAUUAAGAUUGUCGCUCCUUCCGUGUCUAGUCGCAUAUUUUACAUAUUGGCAGAGAGUAGAAUUUCUAAACUCCGAAAACAAACCCUUCUGAAUGCAGUGGCAUGAGCUAUAAUAAUUGAAUGCAAUACCAUUCAGUGACCACAUGGUGGUGCAGUUGCUCUACAUAUGACCUUCACAGAGUUUGAGUAUGUUUUUGUUACAAAGGCAAAUGUUGAGAGACAUUUCAGUUUUAAUAUCAGUUACACAAUAUUUGUUCAUGUUCUUCAUGGAGUCAGAAUUGAAUAAUUACUCACAAUAUAUGAGUAAUAUAACCUCCAUAACUCAAAAAUCUUGGUUACUUCUCCACUUAAAUGAGACAAGACACUGUACAAAAAGUAAAGUCCAGACUGUAUUAUCAUUUACGAAAACUGUGUUUAAUAAAAUGUGAAAAAACAAUA